AUGAAUCUAUUCAAACAUGGCGGUAUGCUCCCUCUUAUUUUACGAUCUAUCUAUCUCAGCUUGUUCGCAAUCUCUCUCGAUCUAUCUCGGUCUGUUCCUAUCUAUCUAUCUAUCUAUCUAUCUAUCUAUCUAUCUAUCUAUCUAUCUUAUUCUGUUAAUCUAUCUAUCUAUCUAUCUAUCUAUCUAUCUAUCUAUCUAUCUAUCUAUCUUAUUCUGUUAUCUUAUUCUGUUAAUCUAUCUAUCUAUCUAUCUAUCUAUCUAUCUAUCUAUCUAUCUAUCUCAGCCUGUUCGCAAUCUCUCUCGAUCUAUGUUGGUCUGUUUCUAUCUAUCUAUCUAUCUAUCUAUCUAUCUAUCUAUCUAUCUUAUUCUGUUAAUCUAUCUAUCUAUCUAUCUUAUUCUCCUCGUUCUAUGUUGGUCUCUUGUUGGUCUAUUUCUAUCUAUCUAUCUAUCUAUCUAUCUAUCUAUCUAUCUAUCUAUCUUAUUCUGUUAAUCUAUCUAUCUAUCUAUCUAUCUCAGCCUGUUCGCAAUCUCUCUCGAUCUAUGUUGGUCUGUUUCUAUCUAUCUAUCUAUCUAUCUAUCUAUCUAUCUAUCUAUCUAUCUUAUUCUGUUAAUCUAUCUAUCUAUCUAUCUAUCUAUCUAUCUAUCUAUCUAUCUAUCUUAAUCUCCUGUUCGCAAUCUCUCUCGAUCUAUGUUGGUCUGUUUCUAUCUAUCUAUCUAUCUAUCUAUCUAUCUAUCUAUCUAUAUAUCUAUCUAUCUAUCUAUCUACUCCUAUGUUUGUCAAACUCCCUGGUCAAGGCCGAUAACUCCGUGCGGUUAUCUCCCUUAGUUGGCUCCGCCAUAACACAACUACAUAUACACGUGGUGACGUCAUUGUCCGGUCGGUGGGAAACUGGGAGGGACACCGCUGGUCAAUUUCAUUAUCUAUCUAUCUAUCUAUCUAUCUAUCUAUCUAUCUAUCUAUCUGAUUCUGUCCAUAUCUCUCUCUAUCUUUCUAUCUAUCUAUCUAUCUGA